AUGCCUCAAGAUCUCCCGCCCGUCGGCGGGUAUGAACCCGUUCAAUACAGACGCAACCUUCCAACCCGCGGUCUCCGACCAAUGUACUACCUCGUCGCAUGUGGUCUAGUCAUGGCCUACGGCUGGCGCCAGAUCUUCAUCGGACAGCGCGAGAAGCACGAAAUGGCCCGCGAGAAGAUGUGGGCGCGCAUCCACUUGAUCCCCUUGCUACAGGCCGAGGAGGACCGUGACCAGGUCCGUCGGUACUAUGCCGAUCUGGCGCGCGAGAAGGAGUUGUUGGGGAGCCAGAGUGGCGCGUAUAAUAGUAACAGAUUCGUCCGGCCGACAUUCGCGGCUACGCCGAACAGAACGUCAGAAUAA